AUGGAUGGAGCACAGGCCAGCGUCCACAUGGGAAAUAUAAUCACAUACCCCUCGUGUGCGCACGCCCGUAGUGAACUAUUAUUACUCGCCAAAGAUGCCCUAUUCAAUGCUUCUAGCAAUGAUCUCCCAGGUUGCUAUGAAAACACACGCGUUCAGGUCUUGGGCGAUAUUCAUCAAUGGAUUCAUGGAGAAGAAGGACACGUUUUCUGGUUACAUGGCUUUGCUGGCGCUGGCAAAUCCACUAUUGCAAGAGAGAUUGCCCGACACUACUACAAGAAAGAGGACCAGAAACCACUCUGGACUGCGACCUUUUUUUUCUCACGGGACAAACCCGACGUUUCUCAUGCAAAAUUAUUUGUCACCACAAUUGCCAAGCAACUUGAGCGAUUUCCACAAUUUAAAACCCAGCUUGAAAACUCUAUGUUCGGUCCAGAAAUCUCCAACCUAUCCCUGCGGUAUCAAUGGGAAUUGCUUAUCCUGGAUCCCUUAUCAAGGCUAGACACCAAGUCUACAACCCUACUUCUCAUUGUGAUUGAUGCACUUGAUGAGUGUCAUGAUGAGGACAUACAAAAUGUUCUUAACGUCAUCAAAUCUACUUCCGGGUUUAACCAAGCCCGUCUGCGGUUUCUUGUCACGAGCAGACAUGAAAGAAACAUCUCAUUUACUCCUGAGACUCGACGGUGUGAUCUACAGAGCUUGUCUGUAGAAGGAGAUAUUCAGACGUUUCUCAAGGGCAGUUUACCUUCCUUAGCUGAGACAGAAAUCAACGCCCUGGCGAAGACAGCCGGGGGCUCGUUCCUCUCUGCUGCAACUGCUAGUCGUUACAUUGGUCAUUCAGACUAUCACAAACUGGGUAUCCCACAACGACUGAAAGAUAUUCUUGACAACCACGGGGAUUCUGAGACCGUGAAAGAAUUGGACAAGAUAUAUUUAACCGUGCUUAAAUCCUCCAUUCGCGGUAACAAUGAUGCGGCGAGGAAAAGAUUGUACGCUGAGAUAAAACCGUUACUUGGCAGUAUCAUGGUGUUAUUUUCUUCACUUUCUUUGGGAUCCUUGAGCAAAUUGCUUGGACGACGAACUGAAAAUGUGCGCGAUAUCAUGGAGUACUAUCGUGCCAUCAUUGAUCUUCCGGAAGACGGCUCCAGAUCUCUCCGCAUACAUCACACUUGCCUCUCCGAAUUUCUGUUUAAUGAAGAGAGAUCUGGGAAGUCGAGAUUUUAUGUCAAUUAUGAGGAGACUCAUAAGGAGAUGGCAGGGCACUGCAUACGAGUCAUGCGUGGAAACCUGAAGCAAAACAUCUGUGGUUGCGUGAACUCGGGUGUUCUUAUUAGCGAGAUGAAGGAAACUUUUCUUGCUCCUGAAGUGGAAUAUGCCUGUUGUUACUGGAUACAGCACCUGAUACAUAGCGGGAGCCAGGGGAUCGAGUCAGUCAAGCUCUUGCCAUUUCUUAAAGGCUAUUUCCUCUAUUGGCUGGAGGCAAUGAGCGUUUUGAGAAAGACAUCUGAAGCUGCGAGAGCAGUCAGGGAGAUAUGCUCAUUCUUAAGUGACCGAAAGGGUACAGAAAUAUCAAAAUUCCUCCUUGAUGCCAAUCGACUAGUCCUCAAGAAUCGACCCCUGUAUGAGACUGCACCUCUUCAGAUGUAUUCUUCAGGGCUCAUGUUUUGUCCCAAGAGCUCUAUUCUGAAAAGAACAUUUGACACCGAUCUGUACAAGCUAAGAAAAGUGGAGGGGACAUGGAAUACAGAGCUACAAACUUUGGAGGGCCACGGCCAUUGGAUCACUUCUAUUGCUAUUUCCCCCGGUCUUCAUACUCAACUACUAGCAUCUGGCGCUCACGAUUACACAGUGAAGAUGUGGGAUCCUCAUACAGGCGAGCUACGUUGGAGUCGCGAGAGACAUACUGGUUCUGUCAACACUGUCGCCUUUUCGCCUGAUGGUGAGCUUUUAGCAUCUGGAUCUGCUGAUAAGACCAUCAUACUCUGGGCUUCUAGAACAGGGUCUCCGACCCAUACGUUUGUGGAAAAUUUGGGUUCUGUUACAUCUGUCGCAUUCUCGCCUAUUCCUGAUCCUCCGCUAUUAGCAUCUGGCUUCGGUGAUCAGAAGGUUGUUAAAAUCUGGAAUUACAGGACGUUUCGGUCACAUACGCAACUCAAAGGCCAUCAUGUCAUUUCUGCAGCCUUUUCGCCUAACCCCAAGUUCCAGCUGCUAGCAGUCGGCUCUCGUGAUUCGACUAUUGUACUUUGGGAUUACAACAUAGACAGCAUUGUCAAAAUUCUCAGGGGCCAUAAGAGUCAUGUUACAUCGGUGGCUUUUUUGCCUAGCUCUGAUACUCAGCUUUUGGCAUCUGGCUCUCAGGAUAAGACCAUUAAAAUUUGGGAUUACAGUACAGGCGAGCUACGUCACACACUCCCUGGUCAUUCUCAGAAGGUCAGCUCUGUUGGCUUCUCAUCUAGUCUUGACACUCAGCUAUUGGUUUCUGGCUCUCAGGAUAAGACCAUUAAAAUCUGGGAUUACUGCACUGGCGAACUGUAUUGGACACUCAAUCUCCACUCCGAGCCUGUCAACUCAGUUUUUUUCUCACCCAAUUGCGAUACCCAACUACUAGCAUCUGGCUCCGAUGAUAAGUCCAUCAAGCUAUGGCACCUCGGUAUGAUUGAGCGGGACGAGCCCUCUCAAAGUGACCAUGUUGGCAAUCUUUCCACUCUAACUUUCUCGUCUACCGGUCAUAGACUUGCAUCCUGUGCUUACGACCAGAAUGUUAAGAUAUGGGAUCCUAGUACAGGAGAGUUAUGUCAUAUACUAAAGGGCCAUUCUGAUCAAGUUAACUCUAUUGCUUUCGCACCUGGUCCUGACAGCCAUUUGCUAGCAUCUGGCUCUUGUGAUAGAUCUGUUAAGCUCUGGAAUGCUGACACAGGUAACCUUCUUCAUUCUCUAGAGGGGCAUUCUGGUUCGGUUAACUCAAUUGCUUUCUCGCCUACUGGUCAUCUAUUAGCAUCUGGCUCUCAUGAUCGAACUGUUGCAAUCUGGCUUCUUGAUGCCCGCAAACCAGAGCAGAGCAUUUUAUACCAUAACCUGUCCGGCCAUUGUGAUCAAAUUAACAUUGUCACAUUCUCGCCUAAUACCAGGUUUCUAUCAUCUGGCUCUCAUGAUAAAACCAUCAAAGUCUGGGAUUCCAGAUUAGGCACUCUUGUCUAUAAUCUGACGCACCAUACGAACAAAAUUACCUGCAUCAACUUUUCACCUGAUGGUCUUAUUCUGGCAUCUGGCUCUGAUGAUCAUGACCAUACUGUUAAUCUCUGGGAUCUUGAUACAGGAAACCUUCGCAAAAGUCUUGAAGGUCACAGUGCCUCAGUCAGCUCUGUUGUUUUCUCACCCGACGGUAAACUGCUAGCAUCUUGUUCUUGUGAUAUGACUACCAUACUUUGGGAUCUUGGCUCUGAUAGAUUGUCUCAAUCCCUUGACAAUCAUUCUGGUUUUGUUUGGUCUGAACGGAACUUUGGUGUAUCCAUUCAAGACACCCAGUGGAUAUAUUAUGAAGGUGAAAGAAGGCUAUGGCUUCCCACAGAAUACCGGAAAACAUUCCUGGCAUUGAAGGGUAGUGUGCUUGCCUUUGGUAAUUCCCGUGGACGGGUUUCAUUCAUUUCGAUCUAA